AUGCAUUCAAGAACACUUCUCUGCCUUACUCCACUUAAAGAAUGGCUUUCACUUCUCUCCUUACAGCCACUCUACCCGCACGUCAUCACACUCGACCUCAGUAGCUUGCGUAUCUCUGGUCGGAUUGAUUCUGAAAGCCUCUUUCGGCUUCGGAGCUUGCAGAGGCUCAACCUCGCUUACAAUGAGUUUGCUGCCUCUCCAAUCCCUCCUGGACUUCUAUUCUUGAAACUCGAAAACCCAAACAUUGGAACACUCGUCCAAAACCUGUCGAGUCUGAGUGAACUGUAUCUCUUCCAUGUAAAUAUCUCAGCGCAGGGAAGUGAGUGGGGUUCAGCCUUAUUCUUGUCACUCCCUUGUCUCCGCAAGUUAAGCUUACAAGCUUGUGGUCUUUCAGGCUCCAUCUUUUCUUCCCUUUCACAGCUCCAUUUCUUAUCUGAACUUGACCUCAGUGGAAACAAUCUCUCCUCUACAGUGCCCAGCUUCCCAGGGAGUCUCCGCAAGUUAAGGUUACUAGCUUUGCCCAGCUUCCCAGGGAGUCUCCGCAAGUUGAUCUUACGGGCGUGUGGUCUUUCAGGCUCUAUCUAUUCUUCCCUUUCACAGCUCCAUUUCUUAUCUGAACUCGACCUACUUGGAAACAAUCUCUCCUCCACAGUGCCCAGCUUCCCAGGGAGUCUCCACAAGUUGAUCUUAAUAGAUUGUGGUCUUUCAGGCUCCAUCUAUUCUUCCCUUUCACAGCUCUAUUUCUUAUCUGAACUUGACCUCAGCUAUAACAAUCUCUCCUAUGCAGUGCCCAGCUUCCCAGGGAGUCUCCACAAGUUGAUCUUAAUAGAUUGUGGUCUUUCAGGAUCCAUCUAUUCUCCCCUUUCACAGCUCCAUUUCAUAUCUGGACUCAACCUCGGUCAAAACAAUCUCUCUUUUGUGCCGCCCAACUUCAUAGGGAACUUCUCUUCUUUAACGGUACUGGACCUUCGAAAUUGCAGCUUGUCUGGAUCCUUACCAUCCUUCCUUGUGAACCUCAGCAAACUAGAGCACCUGGAUCUUUCAUUCAAUAGUUUCAGUGGCCCAAUUCCUUCUUCCUAUGGAAACCAGCUUCUUAAUCUCAAAGAGAUCAUCUUAUGGAAUAAUUUGCUUAAGGGGACCAUUCCGUCAUCAUUGUUUUCACUCCCAUCAUUACGGAACCUGGAUCUUGACGGUAACAAUUUGGGUGGUCAGCUUGACAUUAUCCACAAUGCCUCUACACAGUUGGAGGUCAUUUAUUUGAAUCGCAACAACUUCCAGGGAUUGGUGCCGAGCUUUAUCUUUAAACUUAUGAAGCUUAGAACCAUUAACCUUUCUUUCAACAAUUUCAGUGGUGUUGUGGAGCUAGAAUCAUUUCAACCCCUCAAGAACCUCUCAUUUCUUGAUCUCUCUGAUAACUCUCUGUCAAUCAAAGAUGGGGGUGGUAACUCCAACUUUAUCUCCUUCCCCCAAAUCAGAUUGCUAUCCUUGCGUUCUUGCAACAUUAGCAAAUUUCCAAAUUUCUUACGAAAUCAAGAGCAGAUGGAAUACCUAGACCUUUCCAACAAUAUAAUCAAUGGCGGAAUACCCAACUGGAUAUGGAAGAUUGGGAAUGAGACUUUAUACUAUUUAAAUCUUUCUCGCAAUGCUCUGCAGAGAAUGGAACCGCCAUUUCUCCAUGUUUCAUUCAGUGACCGGAUUGCUCUCGACCUUAGCUUCAACAAACUAGAAGGCUCACUUCCCAUCCCACCACCCUCCACUUCUUUCUUCUCUCUUUCAAACAAUAGUUUUAGUGGUGAAAUCCCUGUGUCAAUUUGCAACACAACAUCCCUUGAAGCCCUCGAUCUAUCCAGAAACAGGUUCAGUGGUUGGAUUCCACAAUGUCUAGGUGAAGUCAGUGAUGGCCUUAAGGUGCUAAAUCUCCAAGGGAAUGCAUUUAGUGGUACCUUGCUUCAAACAUUCAAAAAGGGAUGCAAUCUGCAAGCCAUUGAUCUCAGCGAAAAUCAAUUAGAAGGCCAAGUGCCAGGGUCUUUGGCUAAUUGUACAAUGUUGGAGGUAUUAAAUCUUGGAAAUAAUCAAAUAAAUGACGCCUUCCCUUCAUGGGUGGAAGCUUUGUCCCAGUUGUGUGUUCUUGUCUUGAAAUCCAACAAAUUUUAUGGCCGAAUCACACUUCCACAAUCAAAUCAGAGCUUCCCAAUGUUGCAGAUCAUUGAUCUCUCUUUUAAUAGCUUUAUAGGUGGUUUGCCAUCAAAUAUGUUUUAG